AUGGAGCCUGAGAAUAAUACGUCAGUGAGCGAAUUUAUCCUUAUGGGAUUUCCACACUCUAAAGAAACGAGAAUUCCACUUUUCACACUAUUCCUCUGUAUAUAUAUCCUAACUUUUUUAGGCAAUUUCUUAUUAGUAUUGACUGUUAUAGGGGAUCCUCAUUUGUACAGGCCCAUGUACUUCUUCCUUAUGAAUCUCUCUUAUUUGGACAUUUGUUUAUCUACAGUCACAGAACCCAAACUGCUGACCACCUUUUCUGAACAGACAAAGGCCAUCUCCUUCCAAGGAUGUAUGACCCAACUGUAUUUUUUCCACUUUUUUGGAAGCACUGAAUGCUUUUUGUACACUGUCAUGGCAUAUGAUCGCUUCCUGGCCAUUUGUCAUCCUUUACACUACCCCACUCUAAUGAGCCUGAAAUUGUGCACAAAGUUUGUUACUGGGGUCUGGGUGGCUGGAUCAGUUCAUGCUAUGAUCCAUACCUCGUUGACAUUCCGCCUCCGAUUUUGUGGACCUAAUAGAAUAGAUUAUUUUUUUUGUGACGUCAUCCCAUUAUUAAAGCUUGCUUGUGAGGAUACUACAGCCAACAAGGCAAUGAUCAUUACCAGCAUUGGAGCUGUUGCCUUAAUGUGCUUUAUUUUGAUUGUAAUAUCUUAUAUCCACAUCCUACGAACUAUUAUGAAGAUAAGAAGUUCCGAGGGCAGAAGAAAGACUUUCUCUACUUGUGCAUCUCACAUGAUCUCUGUAUUUUUCUUUUAUGGGCCCCCUCUCUUUAUUUACUUAACUCCAAACUUGCUAAACUUUUUUAUAGAAGAGACUAUUGCUGUUUUCUACACAACAGUGACCCCUAUGCUAAAUCCCAUCAUUUAUUCCUUGAGAAACAAGGAGGUUAGAACUGCACUUAGAACAAUAACAAACAAUAUAUUUUUUUAUUUUUUUAAAUUAAUCUGA